AUGAGGUGCCCAGUCAAGCUUACAUACGCUGCUACAACCAUUGGGGGAGACUUCAGACAAGGGGCUCUCGGCCGCCCGUUAUGCUUCAAGGGCGCCUGCUCCCACGUCCGCUCAGUCACGGAGAGCUCCUGCUUCUGUUUCUUCGGUUUCUUGUCACUGAGAACGCACGCUUCCACCCCCGAACUAGCAACCAAAACCAGUCCAGUCCCCCGGGCGCCUAACUUUCAAACGAACACAUCUCUCCUCACCUCAUACACAAAAGUCACCUGUGACCUCGGCCUUCCUCCGAGAUACACCUAUCAACACACAGCUCGAAUAUCCGAGGUCAUUCCCAGCCCUUUUUUUUAUCCCGCAACCUACCGCAUUUUCCCCCAUUCCUCGCUUGGCUCCAUUCCCAAGCAUCUACCCCGGCCCCUUUCCGUCAUCACAAGUAGCAGAGCCAUGGUUGCCGUCGCCACUAUGCCCGCCCCCAUCGGGGAGCCCCAGAAGCUGGAGAAGAAGCCCGUCAAGUUCUCCAACUUGCUGUUGGGCGCCGGUCUGAACAUGUUCGAGGUCACCACGCUUGGCCAGCCGCUCGAGGUCGUCAAGACCACCAUGGCUGCCAACCGUGGCGACGGCUUUGGCACUGCCCUGGGCCGCAUCUGGGGUCGUGGUGGUGUCCUUGGUUAUGACGACUGGGAAUCAAUCCGUCAAUCGAGCUGCUUAUCGCGGCCCGUCUACCAGGGUCUCAUCCCCUGGGCCUGGAUUGAAGCCUCCACCAAGGGCGCCGUCCUUCUCUUCGUCGCCUCCGAGGCCGAGUACUACGCACGCAACGCUGGUGCUUCCGAGUUUGGUGGUGGUAUCAUCGGUGGUAUCACCGGUGGUGUUGCCCAGGCCUAUGCCACCAUGGGUUUCUGCACUUGCAUGAAGACGGUCGAGAUCACCAAGCACAAGGUUGCCUCCACUGGCGUCCCGCCUCCCAGCACCUUCCAGACCUUCAUGGGUAUCUACCGCAAGGAGGGUAUCAGGGGCAUCAACAAGGGUGUCAACGCCGUCGCUAUCCGUCAGAUGACCAACUGGGGUUCCCGUUUCGGUCUCUCUCGUCUGGCCGAGCAGGGCAUCCGCGACGUAAGAGGCAAGAAGGACGGUGAGAAGCUCGCCGCCUGGGAGAAGAUUCUUGCUUCCGGUCUCGGUGGUGGUCUGUCCGCCUGGAACCAGCCUAUUGAGGUCAUCCGUGUCGAGAUGCAGAGCAAGAAGGAGGACCCCAACCGACCCAAGAAGAUGACGGUCGGAAACACUUUCCGUUACAUUUACUCCACCAACGGUAUCUCCGGUCUCUACCGUGGUGUUGCUCCUCGUAUUGGUCUCGGCGUUUGGCAGACGAUUUGCAUGGUUGCUUUGGGUGAUAUGGCCAAGACUUACGUCGAGAAGGUCACCGGCGACAAGGUCACGGCUAAGCAUUAA